GUUACUUUCGACAUGAUUCUACCAUUCUCGGCAGAUGUUGCUGUCUGGAGGACUUGUCUUGGUUGGCAUCAUUGUAGCACUUUCCAUGUCAUUGUAUUGCUUGCUCAUCGCGGCUAUGUGGCGUCACCGAAAAAGUAGCUGCUAUAAAACCUUUUUCUACAGGACUUUGUGGAAUGAGAGCUUCCUGGAUUUAUUUUGUUUUAUAUUCUUCUUGACUACCAUGUACACGAGAUGCUUUGAUGGUGCAGUCCAAUUUUUCCUGUCUAUGAAUCGCUUCCAAAUGUGGACGAAGUUUGUUCAAAUCUCACAAGAGCAUAUAAUGUAUAUGCAAAUUAUGACAGUGGUGUUAACACUUGGUGGACGUCUUUUGUCUGUGUGUUUUCCUCUCAAAAAGCUUUCGAAUAUCCUUGAAAAGUUGGAAAGAUGGCAAAUAUUUAUUCUGCAAGCGUUUCUUCCCACAGUUAUUGUGUUUCCCUUAUAUUUCAUGUUUGAUUUCCAGUACGGACUGAAAGGCAUUACAAAACCGCUCUUGCUAAGCACGCUUGAUCCAAGAUACGACAAGUAUAUCUUUGGUGCUGGCCUUUCUUAUCGUGUCUCUGCCUUCAUAUUAUGCUUAUUUGGCUAUGCAACCAUAUUCUGGAAAGUUCGAAGAAAAACAAAUGAUCGUAAGCGCAACGAUUUGAACAUCCUGAUCCAUGCCGGCUGUCUGCUUCUCGCGCUCGGAGCUGUAUUAUUUGCUAGCGUCUGUCGCCGUUUCCAGAUUGGCGAGAGUUUCGCUUUGAUGCGGUUGUUUUUCUUUACGACGAUGUUAUGGAUACCGUGUACGAACGUAAUAGUGACUUUAUGUGCUAUUGCCUCUCUUAGGCAACAUGCUCUUCAUCCAUUCACGGAUCAAGUUGUAACUAGUGUUAUACCUUCGAUCAAGAAUGAGCGUUGA